UUGCAGAAUUUAUUGGACCACACCGCCAAACGCCUAAUUUUAGUACAAGAACAAGUCUUCAUUAGUUUUCCUGAAAUCGCUGAACUUAGGCUUAUUGUGAGCUAUGGAUUUGACGGGUCGACUGGCCAAAGCACUUAUAAACAAAAAUUUUAAAAUGAUCCGUAUGCUCUUGAUCAAUCUUUGUUCAUUACCACAAUUAUACCUUUAAAACUGAGUGAAAUUUCAGGAAGAGUGAUUUGGAAUAAUUCCACUCCACAGUCUGUGCGGUUUUGCAGACCACUAAAAAUACAAUUUAUAAAGGAAACAAGGGAGCACAUUUUAAUGGAAAAAGAAGACUUGGAUCUACAAAUAGGAAAUUUAAAGCCAUUUAUUUAUACAGACUUCGGCAACCGAAAUAUCACGGUGUUCUUUGAUCUCCAUAUGACUCUAACAGACGGAAAAGUGUUAAGUAUCUUGUCAGGUAUUAAAUCUUGUCAAUUAUGUCCCAUCUGUGGAGCAGGACCUAAAGCUUUCAUGCAAACAAAAGACGUAAACUCUGCACAUUUUAAGGCAAGGCCUGAUAAACUGAAGUAUGGCAUUAGUCCCCUUCAUGCUUGGAUAAGAACCUUGGAGUUUGUUCUUAAUGUGUCAUAUAGGAUUGAAGUAAAAAAAUGGCAAAUAAGAGAUGAAAAUGAGAAGAAAAUUAUUGAGGCCCGUAAAAAACUUAUUCAAAAACGGUUAUGGACGGAAAUGGGACUUCAUGUGAAUAGACCAAAGCAGAGCGGUAGCGGAAACAUGAAUGAUGGCAAUACUGCCAGAAGAGCUUUCUCAGAUGUUACGCUAUUUUCUUCAAUAUUAGGGUUUGACACCGACUUACUGCACAGUUUUCACAUAAUUUUGAUCGCCAUUUCUUGUGAAUACGAGAUUAGCGCCCUAAAGUUUAAGCAGUACUCGGAAAAGACAUAUUCGUUGUAUAUGGAAAAGUACCCGUGGUAUCCGAUGUCACCGACUCUACAUAAAAUUUUAAUACACGGUGCACAAAUCAUCGCAGCCUCUGUAGUGCCCCUAGGCUGUCUUGGUGAAAGUGCUUCAGAAUCCCGCAAUAAAUAUUAUAAGAGCGACAGGCGAUCUCAUGCUAGACAAAAUAGUAGAACUAAUAAUAUGGCCGACGUCUUCCAAAGAGCAAUUGAUUCCUCUGAUCCAUUCCUUUCAAGCUUAUUUUUAAAUAAGAGACAACAACAAAAUCAAAAGAAAAAAAUACCUAAAGAAGUUAUUGAACUUUUGAAAGUUCCAAACGUUGAACCGCAUUCCGACCAUUUAAAUACAUCAGAUUGCUCAACGGACACCGACUCUGAUGCUGAUUCUUUAUGUGACAUUGUGCAGCCAUUUGAUGUUCAGUUGGAGGUAGAAGAAUGUUAAAUAUUAACAAAAAAUACGUAGAUAUAUGUACAUAUGUAUGUAUAUAAAAUUCGUAUGAAUAAAAUUGUUUGUGGUUCUUAUGAAUAAAAACUUCGAAAGUAUUUGCUUAUUAUAGCCGAUUUGAAGUAAAGUUUUAACAGGUGGCAACCCUAUCAAGAAAUAAUAUAAUAAUA